AUGCCUCCUACAACGAUGCCUACAACGCCCCCUCUCGAUGAUUGGAACCACGAUAAAGGCUUUGAAAUACGUACAAAACACAAGGAGGCUAUGCGCCAAUUACACUGGUUCGGAAAAGUCCCGAUUUACGCCCUACAGAAUCGCUGUAGAGACCCCUCUACUGGUAUACUGUAACGAAUACUCAAACUGGCUAACUAAACUUGGCUGGGUGUUCGCUGGUUGGUAUGCUAUGAUAAGAAGAAGACUAUCGGGUUGUUCACUUGGAAGUGAACUCGUUACUUGUAUCAAAGAUGUCAAACAAAUAUGAUAAGAUUGAUAACUAAGUUGAGCACGAAGCUCCUAUCUAAAUGGCAGACGUGCCAGUCUUAUAUAGAACCUUCGUUCUCUGUCUAAUCGCUUUAGUCGCUCGCCUCAGUCGCUUCAGUCGACAGGCGACUCAGGCGACUGAAGCGAUCAUGGUCACGUGGUACUUUAAUCUAUAAGAUUGAUAACUAAGUUGAGCACGAAGCUCCUAUCUAAAUGGCAGACGUGCCAGUCUUAUAUAGAACCUUCGUUCUCUGUCUAAUCGCUUUAGUCGCUCGCCUCAGUCGCUUCAGUCGACAGGCGACUCAGGCGACUGAAGCGAUCAUGGUCACGUGGUACUUUAAUCCGACGAAAUCCAUGGAUCGCUUAGCUAGCCUAAGGAUCCCCUUCUGCUAUAAGAGUUAUGAUAAUGCUCGACCUGUCAGGGCGCCGCCUGGUCUUCACUAUCUCCCGUGGUAACACGUGAUUCGUGACAUAUACCUCUUGGAGAGAGCACAAUACGCAAAAUCCUUGGCUACGCAGCCCCUGAACGAGCUCGCAAAGGGCGUACCGGUCCUGCAUUCCUUCUCUCCGACAAUGAAGUAGACGAGGUUAUCCAAUAUUGUACUGAAAACUGGGAGAAUCGGGUUAUGGAGUGGUGGAAAGUAAGGCAGGAAUUGGGGCUUGAUUGUUCAGUUGCAACACUACAACGUAGGAUGCACCAAAGAGGCUACUAUCGCUGCGUAGCCUGCCAAAAGCCUUAUUUGACUCUUGCGCAAGUUACUGCCCGGUUGCUUUGGGGUCUUGCACAUAUAUUCUGGCAUCUAGAGUGGUUGAAGGUCCUAUGGUCAGAUGAAGUUACAUUCCUAGUUGGAGGGCGUACAAUCAAGCAAAAAGUAACCCGGAUUAUUAACAAAGAACACUCUGAACGUUUCUGCGAUACCUGUAUUCAACACCAGUUCCACCGAGGUCACACUACGUCUGUUAACGCAUGGGGAGCGAUUGGUUAUGGGUAUAAAUCCCCCCUUAUUUUCAUUGAAGGCCAUGGCAAGAGUGGCGCCUUUCUACAACGAGAUUACCUUACGCAACUGUUAGAACCCUAUAUACAAGGAAUUAUAGCAGCUUUUGCUCAACUCCUAAUUAAAUUAAGUCACUGUUCAGCAUUCUAG